AUGCCUAACAUCAAGGUGUUUUCCGGUUCAUCUCAUCGCGAUCUUUCACAGCGUAUCUGCGAAAGGCUUCAGUUGGAAGUAUCAAAAGCUUCUCUGAAAAAGUUUAGUAAUAAAGAAACCAAUGUGGAAAUAGGAGAAUCAGUUCGUGGGGAGGAUGUAUACAUAAUCCAGUCAGCGGCAGGAGAAAUUAACGAUAAUUUAAUGGAACUCCUUAUAAUGAUCAAUGCUUGCAAGAUUGCCUCUUCAUGUCGAGUAGCCGCUGUGAUACCUUGUUUCCCGUACGCUCGUCAAGACAAAAAGGACAAGUCUCGUGCUCCGAUUUCUGCAAAAUUGGUUGCAAACAUGCUUUCGGUAGCGGGUGCAGAUCAUAUAAUCACAAUGGAUCUUCAUGCUUCGCAGAUACAGGGGUUUUUUGACAUCCCUGUGGACAACCUUUAUGCGGAACCAGCAAUUCUAAAGUAUAUCAAAGAGUCGAUCCCUAACUGGCAAACAUCUGUGAUCGUUUCUCCUGACGCCGGAGGAGCAAAGAGAGUCACAUCCAUAGCCGAUCGUCUGAACGUUGAUUUUGCCUUGAUUCAUAAAGAGAGGAAACGCGCCAAUGAGGUGGAAAAGAUGACUCUUGUGGGAAAUGUUCAAGGAAAAGUUGCCAUACUUGUGGACGAUAUGGCAGACACAUGUGGAACAAUAUGUAUGGCAGCUGACAAGCUGGUUGAAGCCGGUGCAGAAAAGGUCUAUGCAUUUUGCGUUCAUGGAAUAUUCUCGGGACCAGCACUGCAGCGCUUGAACAGCUCGAAAUUUGAAGCUGUUGUAGUUACUAACACGAUUCCCCAGGAUGAAAAUAUGAAGCAGUGUCCGAAGAUUCAAUGUAUUGACAUCUCGAUGAUUCUUGCUGAAGCUAUCCGUCGUACGCACAAUGGGGAAUCAGUUUCAUAUCUUUUCUCGCAUGUACCAAUUUGUUAGAAAUCGAUAUUCUUUUUAGAUCAGAUGUCAUCUAAUACUAUCAAUUACUUUCCAUCUAUCGCUUCGCAGCAAAAAAAAAUUUAUGUAGCUAGAACUUCUCUCAUAUUCCUUGAUAAUCCUUAUGCGGCAUUUAGCCAUCAUGCGUAUAUCUUUUAUAAUACAGAAAUCUCGGCCCUUGGAGAAUAUGUCGGUUUUUAUGUCGACUUUAUCGUGCCAUGUCUUUUUCUCAAAAUUUGACUGCUAUGUGGGUUAUUCAAUUUGUAGACUCACGUGCUAGAAUGUCUACAGCGUUAGUUUUCAUACGAGUAUUUUCGUGUUCAACUUUUUGCUAGAAUGCUGUGGUUACGUAAUCAAUGACAAUUUCAAAAAUGUGUGUAAAGUGUUGUGUUAAUGUUGGAUAAUGAGGC